UUGGAAAUUGAAUGGUGAGAGUGAACGAAUCAUCCAUCUCUUUUCGUAGAAGAGCCAGAAAAGUUCAGGGACUAGUCGGUGGUGAGCCUUCCUCACUUUCCGAUGCCUGCCAUGGGAGGGUGUGGGUGUGGGUGUGGUGGUCGAACGCCCACGGCCGGAGCUGUGUUACUGUUGCCGUUUUGUUUUUUCACCCACAAUCGAGUGAAGCACCGUUAGCCAUAUCUACGAAGAACUAUGGUAGCCGCUUAAGCUGUUGUGUUACCGCCGAUGCUGUGUAACGUCGGACGAGUAUGCGGAUUCGACCACUGUUUAUAUGGCGCUGGGAUAAGAGGAGGAAGACCUAAGCCAAGCAUUGAG